CCUGAUCUGGAAUAAUUCUCAGUCACUGAUCUACCGACUAGUAUUACUGUCAGUACCGGUAUAUACCGUCGACGUCUAAUGUCUACCUGAUACUGUAGUGAUAAUGACUCUUGUUCAUAGUGGAAAUCGAGGUGGAUCAAGUCAGCAAGUCUGGGGUAUCACUAUCAGCACCCGCUGUCUCUUGAUGACUGAAUAAAAAGGGUGCUCAGGCAGCAAUGAUUCCAAUGUUGAAACGAUUUUACAAAUUUGCUUUCCUCAAUAAUGAGCGUAGAGAACAACAUCUGAAUAGAGAGAGCAUUGCCAUUUUAAGAAAGUAAUUUUACAAGACUGCGCGAUGGCACACCAAGGCUUUUCUACUGUUGUUGAGCAAUGUUUUGAUGUUGGCCACUCACUAGCAACACUGAGCGAAGAUGUAUCGUCUGUGGAUGUCAGUACCAUUGGUGCUGAGCCUGUUGCUGCUAUAAUACAAUCAGCUAUUGGAUCCGUGGUAGAUAGAACGCCUUCCACAGGUAAACAAUUGUCGCAAGGAGCACUUGAUAUCUGUUGGGAGAAACUGAAUAGUGGCUACUGGCGUGAUGUAUCUGUCCUAUGGCGCCAGCUGUACACAUACUCCUCUAUAUCCAUGGCUUUGAGUCUGGCUGCAGAAGGCCUGCUGAAGGAAUCUUUGAAGACAUGUGAUGUUGGGUUGCUGAUGGGAGCACCUGUCCCAGGCAAUCACUUACACCGCCUUGCUGCCAUUCUAACAAAUCGUCUUCGUGAGACAUCUGUGUCGGAUUCCUUGCCAAACGACAAGCUACCUUGCGGACCGGACUUUCAAUGUGGAGGACUUCCAAUUGAACGAGUUCAAUGCCCAUCUUUAUUGAUGUUUGAGGAGAAGUAUAUGCGCCAGAAGGUUCCAGUCAUCAUCACUGAUGCAACUAACCACUGGCCAGCACUCUCCUCGAGACCGUGGAGCUUGGCGUAUCUCAAGCAAGCUGCGGGCGAUCGUACAGUGCCCAUAGAAGUCGGAGCAAGGUACACUGACCAAACCUGGAGUCAAGCGCUGAUGACCAUCAACUCUUUCAUUGACUCUAUUUCGGAAGCGCCGUCGGAAGAAGUGGCUGGAAAGUCAUCAACGCAUUACCUGGCACAACACCAGCUCUUUGAACAACUGCCAGAACUGCGCUCCGACAUAUGUGUGCCGGACUACUGCUGUUUGUCUGAGUCCGAUGACACUGAGCCAGUGGUGAAUGCGUGGAUUGGUCCAUGCGGAACGGUGUCACCAUUGCACCACGACCCGUAUCACAACGUCUUUGCUCAGGUGGUCGGUAAGAAACUGAUUCGACUGUAUUCAUCUGCACACAGUGAUCUACUGUACCCGCACGACUCGGCCAUGAUGCACAACACAAGCCAGGUGGACUGUGAAAACCCAGACCUGCAGCGCUUUCCUAAGUUUGCCGAGGCGCCGUUCUGGGAAUGCGUCGUACAGCCAGGCGAUCUUCUCUAUAUUCCGCCAAAGUUCUGGCACUAUGUACGCUCGUUGUCUGUUAGUUUUUCUGUCAGCUUCUGGUGGACAUAGUUUUUUUGUUUCUUGGCCAAAAGUUGAUCUUUUUUUGUGCUGCUAUAUUGUGCUCUCGCUUUCCUUGUCUCAGUCUCUCUUUAAUUUUUACUUCCUGUUAUGCUCGUGGCUGGACCAUGGUCCUGAUUUUUACAUUGUAGUAUUCUUUCCCUGCAGACUGUUUUCAACAAGCCUGCAAUAUUCACGGCAACAUUGCCAAGACCAUUGGACAGAGGCAUUGGUUGAGUGUGUAGUGCCGUUCUACAUUACACCCAUCUUUCAUGGUUGCCUAUCGUGAGACUGAGGGAGAAUCCAUAUUGGGUGGAGACUUGGUAUAAUAUUAUCACAACCAUGUGAAAUAUAAUAUUCAUAAGUGCAUGUUGAUGUGCUGCACGCAUCUUGGUGAAUGCUCGCUCUAGCCUAGGUUGAGUUAGGAUACUCUGUGAUGUUGCGUGAUGCUUUGCAAUGCAUGUUUCAUACAUCCAAGCCCUUGAACGAUGUUCAUGAAUAGCUCGGAUUGCAAGUCAUGAUCUACACUUGCAGUUCUGUGCAGAUGCGCUGAGGAUA